AGACCCUGCAGCAGUGUGUGUGUGUGUGUGUGUGAUCUCAGUGCUAUGUCUCUCUAAUAAUAGAGGAGGCCGCCUGCUCCUUUAAGAGCCUCUACUUGUUGCACAGCCUAUACUCCACUAAAUAUAUUGAAACAAAAAUGGUUAUCAAAGUAUAUCUUGCCACCUCAUCGGGAUCCACUGCGAUCAAGAAGAAGCAGCAAGAUGUGGUCGGCUUCCUGGAGGCUCUUAAAGUGGACUACACUCAGCUGGACAUCGCCUGCAACGAGGACAACCGCAUGUGGAUGAGGAAGAACGUCCCUGAGGAGAAGAAGCCCGCCAACGGCAUCCCCCUGCCCCCUCAGAUCUUCAAUGAAGAGGGCUACUGUGGGGACUACGAAACAUUCUUUGAUGCCAAGGAGGACAACAUGGUGUACGCCUUCCUGGGGCUGCCUCCUCCUCCUGGCUCAAAGGAAGCAGGAAAGGACGAUAAGGCGCACAUUGUUGAGAACGGGACCCAUGCUGAGGAAACUAAUGCAGAGGGGAACGUUGAUGACUCAAUAGAGGUUCCAGUGGAGGAGCGCAACGGGAAUGCACACGGAGAGGAGGAGGAGGAGGAGCAGGCAGCUGAUGAGGAGGAGGAAGGUGAGGGUGGCGAGGAGGAGGAGGAGGUAGCAGAUGAUGAAGCCACGGAAGGAGAAACAGCAGGAGACGAGGCCCCCGCAGACGAGGAGGAGGAGGAAGAAACAGACGAGGUCACAGGAGACACACAGGCCCAUGCAGAGGAGGAAGAAGAAGAACAGGAGGAAGAAGAGCUACGACAGCUUGAGGAAGAAGAAGAAGAAGAUUUGGAAGAAACACAGGAGGAAGAGGCCGAGUAGUUAAAGCCAGGUGACGUCACUGAUGUUGACUUGCUACUAUCCAGCCUGAAGGAGCCUCCCGUUACGUCUCUCCCUGACCCCUGACGCUUGACCCCCUCCACCCCUCCCCAAGGCCACACUGGACUCCACUGGAAACUGUCGGUCAUGUGCUCGAAGGCACCAUCCAAACUGAAAAGUCCUACCCCACAUUUGCCCCCCAUCCCCCCCUUCCCUUUUGACUGCAAUGUUGACUUAAUUUUUAUAUUUUGCCGUUUAGAGACUUUAAUGAAAAUGCGCAGAGUAGCCUAGUGGUGUCAGUUUGUUUUUAAUGAGUAGCUUUUGUAAAAUGCAAAACAGUUAUUUUGUUAAACUCAAACAUAUUUGUCAUGUUUUACUUUUAGGAAUUCUAGUUUUCUAACACAAAGAGGAAGUGACCUUUUCAAAAACUAUUACCUUGGCACCCUACCCUCUAACUCACUCUCUUGUGUGUUCUGCUCUUUUAUCAGUAUGUCGUUGCCUUGAUGACUCCCUCUAUCAAGUGAAUGUAUAAAUGCAAACUAAGACUUCUGAGGGCCCCAUGAGGACAAAAAUACGCACAUACUGCAAAAGCACAAACUACUCCACCACCACUACUAUUACUUCUGCCAAUACUGCUGUCUAAUAAAUGCACUUUGUUGAAUGAAGAGUGAAACUACGACUUGGAUGCAAUGGAAAAUGCAAUAAAGUAGACUGGUAAAAAACAAGAAA